AUGUCUGAUACAGACCUGUACAACCUCGAGUUCCUCUCCCUUGUGGCCAAAAUUACCCAGGAAAUCGACAAUCACACAGGAAUUAAUGACAAGACAUUAGCCGAGUUCGUCAUCGACCUCCAUGACAAGUCGAAGACAUUACCGCAGUUCAAGCAGCAGCUGAAGGACGUGGGCGCGAACUUCCCGGAGUCCUUCAUCGAGAAUGUCGACCGUCUCAUUCUCAAUAUGCAUCCUAAACACAAGAAGCGACCUUCAGCUUCCGACAAAGAGAAUGCUGGUGCAGAGGACGGCUCUAUCGGCGAAGUGGACAAGAAGAAACGCUUGUUUCCGGGUCUCGCUUUGAAGGACCAGGAGUGGGAGCCCGGCGUCGCGAAGGAUGCUGUCAUGAAGGAGGUUGAUGACUUGAUGUCACAGUUCGAGGAGGAACGGUUGGCAAAGAGGCGGCGCCAGUCUCGUUCGCGCUCGCCUCCUCCGCCACGGCGCCGCUCCCCUAGUCCUCCCCGUGAUAGAGGCUAUGGAGACCGACGGGAUGUUAGAAAUGGCAGAGGUGGCGAUGGGGGGCGCCAGUUGGACGAACGUCCGGUGCUCUUCAAGAUUUACCACGGUCGCGUCUCUGGCUUGAAGGAAUUCGGAGCAUUCGUGCAAUUGGAGGGUAUUGCUGGAAGAGCUGAGGGUAUGGUUCAUGUCUCAAGCAUACAGCAAGGAGCACGCGCCAAUUCUGCUACUGACCUGCUCAGUCGUGGGCAGAAUGUCAAAGUCAAGGUCAUGAGCGUCGCCGGAAGCCGUAUAGGUCUCUCCAUGAAAGACGUCGACCAGACCACAGGUCGCGAUCUGACACCUCACUUGCGCAUCAAGUCGGAGGCCGAGCUCGCCGAGGAAGAGCACACCCGCUCAGCGAAUGGAGCCAACGCCAUCCCUCUCAGAGGUCGCGGGGUUACGAUCGACGAGCCCGUACGCUCUGCGAAGCGACUGACGUCUCCAGAGCGAUGGGAGAUCAAACAGCUCAUAUCGUCGGGUGCCAUCGACGCCUCUGAAUACCCUGAUCUCGACGAGGAUUUCGCCAACCCGAUGGCUCAUGCUGAGGUCGAGGAGGAGCUGGACGUGGAGAUUCGGGAGGAGGAGCCGCCGUUCCUUGCUGGCCAGACGAAGAAGACCCUGGACUUGAGUCCGGUCAAGAUCAUCAAGGCUCCCGAUGGUUCGUUGAACCGGGCGGCUUUGGCCGGUGCUUCUCUUGCUAAGGAGCGCAGAGAGCUCCGUCAGCAAGAGGUCAACGAACAAGCUGAUUCCGAAGCUCGCGAUUUCAGCGCCCCGUGGCUGGACCCCAUGGCGAAGGAGGCCGAUAAGAAGACGGGGGAGCAGCCGAAGUGGAAGGAAGCCACGUUCAACAAGGCGACCACUUACGGUGAAAAUACCAGCAUGAGCAUCCAGGAGCAGCGCAAGAACCUACCGAUCUACAAACUCCGUGACGCUCUACUUCAAGCAGUCCGAAAUCACCAGGUGCUCAUCGUAGUUGGCGAUACUGGAUCCGGCAAGACGACACAGAUGACCCAGUAUCUCGCUGAAGCGGGGUUUGCGGAUAAGGGCAAGAUCGGCUGCACGCAGCCGAGGCGUGUAGCUGCUAUGUCCGUCGCGAAGCGAGUUGCUGAAGAGGUCGGUUGUCGACUUGGUCAAGAAGUCGGUUACACGAUCCGCUUCGAGGACUGCACGGGCCCUGAAACCAGAAUCAAAUACAUGACGGACGGCAUGCUGCAGCGAGAGUGUCUCGUCGAUCCCGAUGUCAGUGCAUACUCGCUCAUCAUGCUUGAUGAGGCGCACGAGCGAACCAUCCACACCGACGUGCUAUUCGGUCUGUUGAAGAAGGCCAUGAAACGUCGCCCAGACCUCAAGGUGAUCGUCACCUCGGCUACCCUCGAUGCCGAGAAGUUCUCCAAGUACUUCUUCGGAUGCCCUAUCUUCACGAUACCGGGUCGCACAUACCCUGUGGAGAUCCUGUAUACGAAGGAGCCCGAGACGGACUACCUCGAUGCCUCGCUCAUCACUGUCAUGCAGAUUCACCUGUCCGAGCCUCCUGGCGAUAUCUUGCUGUUCUUGACGGGCCAGGAGGAGAUCGACACGACGUGCGAGAUCCUGUACGAGCGUAUGAAGGCACUUGGUCCGAAGGUCCCCGAGCUCAUCAUCCUUCCCAUCUACUCCGCGCUGCCCUCGGAGGUUCAGUCGCGAGUCUUCGAUCCAACGCCUCCUGGCUCUCGCAAAGUGGUCGUCGCCACGAAUGUCGCAGAGACUAGCUUGACGAUCCCAGGCAUCUACUAUGUCAUCGAUCCGGGCUUUUCGAAGCAGAAUGCGUACGACCCGAAGUUGGGUAUGGACUCGCUCGUCGUCAUGCCCAUCUCCCAGGCUCAAGCACGACAACGCGCUGGCCGUGCGGGUCGUACGGGACCAGGGAAAUGCUACCGGCUCUACACUGAAACCGCAUUCCGGAACGAGAUGUUGCCGAGUUCCAUUCCUGACAUUCAGCGGACGAAUCUGGCGCAUAUUAUCCUCAUGUUGAAGGCGAUGGGUAUCAACGAUCUUCUUAGCUUCGACUUCAUGGAUGCGCCGCCCGCACAGACGAUGUUGACCGCACUCGAAUCGCUCUAUGCCUUGUCAGCGCUGGACGACGAAGGUCUUCUGACAAAACUGGGCCGCAAGAUGGCCGAUUUCCCCAUGGAACCCCCGCUCGCAAAGAUGUUAAUCGCUUCGGUGGAGCUGGGGUGUUCCGAGGAGAUCCUCUCCAUUGUAGCGAUGCUGUCCGUCCAAAGCGUCUUCUACCGUCCUAAGGAGAAGCAGGGACAGGCAGACUCAAAGAAGGCCAAGUUCCAUCAACCAGAGGGCGACCAUCUGACGCUACUGACCGUGUACAACGGCUGGAAAGCGAGCAACUUCUCGAACCCGUGGUGCUACGAGAACUUCAUCCAGGCGCGAAGCAUGCGAAGGGCACAGGAUGUACGGAAGCAACUGUUGGGUAUCAUGGAUCGUUAUAAACACGAGAUCAUCUCGGCCGGGCGAGACUACAAUCGCGUCCGUAGAGCUAUCUGCUCCGGGUACUUCCGCCACGCGGCAAAGAAAGACCCGCAGGAGGGCUACAAGACGCUCGUGGAGGGCACGCCAGUAUACAUCCACCCGUCGUCCGCGCUAUUCAACCGCAAUCCUGAGUGGUGCAUCUACCACGAGCUCAUCCUCACGACGAGAGAGUACUGCCAUAAUGUCACAGCCAUCGAGCCCAAGUGGCUGGUCGAAGUGGCGCCACAGUUUUUCAAGGUCGCCGACGCGAACAAGAUCAGCAAGCGGAAGAAGCAAGAGAAAAUCGAGCCGCUGUUCAACAAGUACGAGAAACCAGACGAAUGGAGACUGUCAAAGAUCAAGAGGAGUGCUCGCUCGAGUCAAACUUUCGGCUAA